GUGCAGUACAGCAUCAAUAGCACGAAGAAUCAGCGACUCCAGCGAGGAGAACGAGUCUACGUGCGUGUGCAGAAAUAAAAACACCUUUGAUACAGUUUGGCGAAACAACAUGUAAUAGAGGAUUGUUGAAUGCGAUUGUUAACACAUGUUAACAGUUCAGUUUGGUAAAACUGCGAGUGAACAAUAACAUUCAACGAAAUAUUGCGCUAUAUUUAUCGAUGUCGAGAUACAUCGUAGUGCACAUCGCUCGCCAUUGUUACAUGGAGAAACUACGGAGGCAGCGAAUACACAUAAAAUCGCAAAACUUUUUGUACGACAAAAUAUCGUACAGCUUAUAAGUGUGCACUUUUGUGAUCUGGGAAUUAGGUUAGUUUCGCUAGGCGAGCAACAUGGCGAGUUAAAGAGUGUUCGUUUUAUCGAGCCCACGAGCAUAGAUAUUCGUUCAUACUUCGGAUAUUUUACUUGCACGCUCGAAACCUAGCGAAUUUGCACCGUCAUUUAUCCCAUUUUCCAUCAACGAUCAUUCGGCCAUACACUUUUCGGUUUUUACGUGAGGCUGCCUGCGCCAGGCAAUCUUCCUCACGAUGGAGAAUAAGGCGGGAACCCUCGUGCUUUGAUCUUUUUUAUAUCAAUCAAACUGACAAAUAAGCUCGGCGGAAAAUUAUUCCCCUUCCCGAUCGUCGUACUUGUGCGGUACACAUGUUCCACAUGUCGAAGCACAGUGUUCAUCGGUAAUAUACUUGUCAGCGCCAUGAAAUUGAAUCUGUAAAAACUUGUGUGCACACUGUCCAGAGUUUAGAUGCUUCUAAGGAGUGCACUGCAUUGUUGAAUUUGAAUUACUAAACAUGAAGUUAAAAUACUCCUUACGUACUUAAGAUCUACAAAUGAGAUGUACAGCUUUUGUAAAGUACAACAGUAUACAGACUACAACAACGAAUUGAGAUAACGGCAUAAUCUAAUGCCUUACAUCAUUUGUUUGAUCAUUUUCCAUUCUACUUACAUUUACUUUUGAUAGACGAAUUGUGAUAGCAACAUAAACAUAAGAAGCAUAAGAUUAUUAGAAUUUAGUUAGAUAUCAAAAAUUGUUGAUUCUUGAUUACUUAAAACUUAGGUAAUCGCAAAAAUAAAAAAAAUUCUUGAUUUAGACUGAAGUAAUUGCAAAUUAAUGAGCAAAAUGGAUAAUGCAAACGUCGAAAACCUUGAGAUAAAGGAAAAAAAGGAAAUAAAGGAAGAAAUUCCAAAUGCUAGUGGCAAGAUAAAAGUGAAGAGACUUGACCAGAUACUGGAGAUGGACCCAUUGUUAAAAAGUACUAAUGACGAUGUGCAGCGUGCAAUCAAGGGUCUUAGGGAAAUACCAGAUGAAGAGCUGAAGGAGUUCCUCGACGACGAAGACUUUAUGGAAGGACUGGAUGUUGUGGACGCAUGGGAAAGAGAUGAAGAUAAAAACCGUGAGAACGAGCAAAACAAAAACACAACAGGAUCUGCAAAGCAGGGAGAGAAGCAAUUGUCUAGGGAACAUCGCCCAGAGCCUAAAGGAUCUCAUACGAAAAGCCACAAGAAACCAAAGAAAGAAGAGAAAAAACGCGAGGAGGUUCGUCGGGAUCCUUUGAAGAGCACCAAGGACAUUGAAAGGGACAAGAUGCGAACGAAGAGAGACACCGAAAGCAAGCUUCUUGCCGAAAAGGAGAAGGCGAUCAAGCACUUGUUGGACUCUGACAACGUAGUCCCACCUGGCACGGAAACUGAAGCUAUCCAAAGCAUCGCGGAGAAACAGAGUAGAGAACGAGCUCAACGUGAAGCACGAAAUAGAGACCAUCGCAAGAGCAAAUCGUUGGAACGUUAUGGAAGACAGAGUCCAUCACGGCGUAGAACUCCUGAUCGAUUUCGGCCGAGUCCCCCACGACGAAGAAGUCCUUUCGUCGCAAGUCCUGAUCGUCGUAGGAGCGUAGAAAGACUUAAAAGUCCUUACAAAUACAGCCCAAGUAGACGAAAAAAUUCACCACGAUACGACCGAAGAAGUCCCAUAAGUCCAGAUCGACGAAGAAGUCCUAGACGACUUAGCGGAGAACGGCGAUCCAGCACAGAUAGAAGAUGGAGUCCCGGUGAGCGACUUCGUAAGAGACGCUCUGAUUGGACGAAUGAACGCCGGAGAAGCCGAUCUCGUGAUCGAAGGAGUCGCAGUACGGAACGUUUAAGAAGACGAUUGAGCCGUUCACCAGGAGGCAGACGAUCGAGCCGUUCACCAGUAAGCAGACGAUACAGCCCCCGUCGCCGAAGUCGCUCGCGUACACGUAGCAGAUCAUUGGAGAAGCGCACCAGGAAGCGUUCACCUUUCAUCAACGAAUUAGCAAGACAAUUAAGAAACGAAGCGAUGUCAACUGGCGUGAGUACAAGUGGAUACGUGCCAUCCGCGACGAUGGAAGGAAUUGCACCGUUGCUCAACCCGCCUACAUUUAAGCAAGAUGUAGAACCUAGGCCACCAACGCAGCCACCACCACAGCCGCCGCCACCACCACCGUCUCCGUACGUUCAUCAGACGUGUUCAACGCCAUCAUCAUCGACUAUGAUACCACCUAUGCCAAGCGGACCACCGUUCAUAAAUUUUGAUCUUAUGUCGCGAGCUGCAACACCGAUAAUGAAUUUCGAACCUAUGCCCCCACCAUCUCUAGUCCCAACCAUAACUCCAACCAGUUAUGCGUCCGGUCCUGUCCUUUACAAUCAGCCGAAUGCUGCUGCACCUCCGCCACCGGUGAUAUGUUCACCGAUGCUUCCUAUACCGACACCCUCGCCGCAGCCUGUACCUCCUCCGGUGAUGGAUCAUACGCGUAUGUCGUAUAAUUCGUCGUAUACCGUACCCUUUGCGCAACAAUCAUCAGUUCAAUUUGAACCUCCAAAAAAACCUUUAAACCACUUAAUUACAUCCUCCACAUCGUCACAAAGUUACACAGAACAAAGACCAGCGUCAUCGUCAUACAACGAAGUUUACUCUCCGCAUCAGGAACGAGUGAAGACACCCGAACCGCCAAUCAUCUCCAAACCAAAACAAAAAACCAGCUUAUCCAGUCUAUUGGAAGCGUCUGUUUCGGCUAAAGAUUCAUCUAAUAUACCGGUGCUAUAUCCAGGAUUCAAACCUGAAAUAAUGCGACAUUGCGAACAAGCAUUAUGCAACCUUCCGAUAGAGGAUCCGCGUUUGAAAAUGAAGGGUAGAUUUUUCUACGAUCGCACCGAAGAAAACGAAGAAAGUACCAAAGACGUUUCCGAAGACCAUACAUCGAAUUCGAUACUUUUGCAGACAAGCAAAACCAAAAUAUUUUGGAAAGAGAGCAACGCAGAACAGCCAGUACCGGUUCCGAAAGCAACUCAAACGCAUAAUAAGAUCUGUCAAACAGAUGAAGUGGAAACAGAAAGCAAGGGCGUACAAGUACGUGUUACAAUGGCUGACGUUGCGUCGCAAGUUUAUCCGGACGAUCUUCAGCAGAUAAAAGAAGAAAAGCGGCCGAUACUGGAUCGUUUAGAUUGGAGCGCACGAGAUACAUAUGAAUAUGGAUCCAAGUAUCGCGAUGCAGAUGAUCUGAGAUGUAGACUAAGUAAUUCUUCGCAGAGACGUACUUUAAACAGGCAGAUGUCUCCUUCUAGAAGAUCUGAACAAGAGCGACAUAUAGACUCUAUGGAUCAUGAAUCUAGAAACGUGAGGUUGGAAUCUCCUAUUAGACACCAUAGCAGAGAUGAUUUUGCUCCUAAUGCACGUGAUCACUAUAGUCGUGACAGAUAUUCGCCGGAUUAUCAUAGACGUUCUACGGAACGCGACGAAUAUCUUGACACAAGAAGCAAUCAUAGCCGUGGAGAAAGCCCAAUGGAAUUAGAAGACUCCGACGAUGAAUUGAUGACUGGUCAUACAUUUCCAAGAGGAUCUGUAGAGUGGCCAGUGGGAAGAGAAAAAAGCUUAAGGGGUAAAAGUCAUAAUUUGCGAGGAAAGUAUAUAGGAAAACCAUAUCGAAGUCGUGGAAACUUUCGGGGAUAAACAUUCCAAGUAUGAAUUUAUGGUGAACAACAGUGAAAAAAUAAUGAUACAGUAUAUGUUCAAAUAUCUGUGAUCAAAGGAUUAUUUGUGCAUACUACGCUGGAAUGGGCAUCAGUGUUCGCAAAAACAUCAUAUCACCAUCUGUCUUUUCUUAUAUUAUGAAAGUUGUUAUAAUCAAAAUGAUAUAUGUGCUUACAUGUAUUCUUACGUUGUAAGAUCAUGAUAACGCUAACACUUCGACUUUUGUCGUUUUGUUCGCUAUUUUUACUGUAUAUUACUACAAUAAUACAUUUAAUGUAAGAAAAAUACAAUCUCGCAACUAAGAAAACACAGUAUAUGUAAUAAAGAUAUAAUAAAACAAUUAAAACAAGAAUAAUAAAAAUUA